AUGCACUUCUCCAAGUCUCUCACAGCCUUCUCACUAGCGUCGCUCUUCCUCCUCACCUCCGCAACCCCAGUGGAAACAAUCUCCAUCCAGAUCGCCAAUUCUACCACCGAGAUCGCAGCCGCCAAUGCUGGUGCGUGCAACAUCGGCGAACUGUACUGUUUUGGAGAGAUUGUGAAUGAUCUUGGUUGGAAGUCAGGCGAUCUCGGCGAUCUCUACUGCAGACUUCUCCCGAAUUCCAUGGGCUGUGAGAGCUGCAGUCGCGGGUACUGCGAGUCCGUGUGCGAGAGGUGUUUGCUUGCGCUAGGUUGCUCGGACGGGUGGGGAAUUGUAGUGGUUGGGGAGGGGAAAAGAAGGGAGAAAGAGGAAGAAGACUGGAUCAUUGCAAAAUAG